AUGGCAUUGCUAGGAUCUCUCACCUUCUUAUGCGCAAGACUGCCAUUGUUUUAUGGAUUUCGAGGGCAAAUAGGACUGCUUAUGUUGCUGCUUCACACGGUUAAUGUGGUAGGUGCGCAGAUUCGUUAUUCUAUUCCAGAGGAGAUGAAGAAAGGCUCUGUUAUCGGUAAUGUAGCACAGGAUCUCGGUUUGGAUCUGAAGAGGCUCCGUUCUGGGCGGGCCCGUAUCGUGACCGGAGAAAACAUUCACUACACCGAGCUGAAGACGGACAAAGGGAUUCUAGUCGUGAAUGAGAGAAUAGACCGAGAGCAGCUUUGUGGAGACGAAACGCCGUGUAGCUUCAGCUUUGAGGUGAUUCUAGAAAGCCCGAUGGAACUGCACAGAGUAACUGUUGAGGUUUUAGAUAUCAAUGAUCACUCUCCCAGCUUUCCAAAUAGAGAUAAGCCUAUCCGUUUUGAAGUAAGUGAAUUGGCUUCUGUGGGAGUAAAGUUUCCACUGCAGAGUGCAGAGGACCUAGAUGUGGGGCAAAACGCGUUGCAAGAUUAUAUUUUAUCACCAAACGAUAAUUUUAUUUUGAAGAAACAUGCAAAUCCAGAUGGAGGUAAAUAUGUUGAAAUGGUGCUCCAGAAGUCUUUAGACAGAGAGCUACAUCCCCAUCUGUCUUUAAAACUGAUCGCAAUUGACGGAGGAACUCCCCAGAGAUCCGGUACAGUAAAUAUAGAUGUCACUGUGUUAGAUGCAAACGACAACAUUCCGGUUUUUAACCAAUCAGUUUAUAAAGCAUCUGUGAUGGAAAACACAUUGAAAGGCACGAUCAUUAUCUCAGUAAAUGCCACAGACGCUGACAGUGGUUCAAAUGGACAUAUUACUUACAGUUUGUCAAAAACAAAAGGAAGUGCAGCAAAUUUAUUCAGUAUUGAUGAAAACACCGGCAUAGUGUCUGUGUCUGGGCAGAUAGAUUAUGAAAAAGACAGAAAAUACGAAGUGAGAGUAGAGGCAAAGGAUCAGGGUGGUUUAACCGGAUCAAGUAAAAUUGUAUUUGAUGUUUUGGAUGUCAACGACAAUUCCCCAGUUAUAAAUAUCAUGUCUUUUUCAAGCCCUGUUUCUGAGGAUGCCCUUCCUGGUACAACAAUUGCCAUUUUAAAUAUAAAAGAUCCAGACUCUGAAAAAAAUGGGCAAAUAAAAUGUUCAAUAGAUGGUAAACUUCCCUUUAAGAUAGAAUCUUCUCUAACAAAUUAUUACAAUUUGAUCUCAGAUCAACACUUUGAUAGAGAAUCUGUCUCAGAGUAUAAUAUAACAAUAACAGCCACUGACAUGGGCUCUCCCCCACUUUCUAGUUCAACAAAAUUACAUCUUAAAAUAUCUGAUGUUAAUGACAACGCACCAUUAUUUAAUAAAAAUAGUUACUCCGCUUACAUAACAGAGAACAAUUCACCAGGAGCGUCUAUAUUUGCAGUCAGCGCGCGGGACUCUGAUUGGAACCAAAACGCCAGAGUCUCUUAUAUUUUAGAGGAAACACAAGUCAGUGGAAGUCCAGUUUCUACUUUUGUGUCUUUAAACUCUGAAACUGGAGUAAUAAGUGCAAUUCGUUCUUUUGAUUACGAGCAAAUUAAACAACUUCAGCUGGUAGUCAAAGCUCAGGAUGGAGGCUCUCCUCCACUGAGUAGCAACGUGACUGUGAAAAUACUGAUCCAGGACCAGAACGACAACCCUCCUCAGGUCUUGUACCCAGUCCAGACUGGUGGCUCUCUGGUGGCUGAGAUGGUGCCUCGUUCAGCAGAUGUGGGCUACCUGGUCACUAAAGUGGUGGCUAUUGAUGUGGACUCUGGACAGAAUGCCUGGCUCUCCUAUAAACUGCAGAAAGCCACAGACAGGGCGCUGUUUGAAGUGGGCUUACAGAAUGGAGAAAUAAGGACUAUCCGCCAGGUGACUGAUAAAGAUGCUGUGAAACAAAGACUGUCUGUUAUAGUGGAGGACAACGGGCAGCCCUCUCGUUCAGCUACAGUCAUUGUUAACGUGGUGGUGGCGGACAGCUUCCCGGAAGUGCUGUCUGAGUUCACUGACUUUACACAGGACAAGGAUUACAAUGACAACCUGACUUUUUACUUAGUGCUGGCUCUGGCUGUAGUGUCCUUCCUCUUCAUCACGUGUUUGGUGGUUAUUAUAUCGGUGAAGAUCUACAGGUGGAGACAGUCUCGCAUCAUGUGUCACUCCAAUCUCCCUGUAAUUCCUUAUUAUCCUCCACGUUACUCAGACACUUUGGGGACAGGGACUCUCCAACACGUGUACAAUUACGAGGUGUGCAGGACGACUGACUCCAGAAAGAGUGACUGUAAGUUCGGCGGAGCAGGUAGUCAGAACGUGCUGAUAAUGGACCCCAGUUAUACAGGGACGAUGCAGCGGAUACAGAGUGAAAAGAGCAUCCUGGAUGAACCUGACUCUCCUCUAGAGGUGAGUCAAACAUACUAG